GCAGGCCCAAAUAGAAAGCCCAAUCCCAUCGCAGAGAUUGCUCACUAGGGCUACCAUGCGGAUGUUAAAGAAUCCCAGCGCCGUCCAAUCCCACACCAAAAGAACCAUCGCUGAUCUACCGGAAGAGCUUAAUAACAAAUAACUGCUUUCAACAAUCAGGUGGCCGGGGAUAGUUUACAAGCUAGAAAGGCUUCAUUUUUCAGUUUGACUCUGUCACUGAUGGUUUUGUAAGUUCUCUUGCUUUCUCUGUCUCUUUUUUUGUUAUUAGAACUGAAAUUCUUCUCUGGAACACCUCAAAGAUCGCUGCUUCAGUUUUAUUUUAUAUUGAUUACAAGCUUUGAUAUUUAUCUGGUGGGGUCUUUGUGAGCGUGCGAGAGAUAAGAGUGAGCUAAUUUUAUGGGGAAGUCAGGAGGUAGAAGAAAAAAGGGCAGUGGUGGUUCAAAUCAAGCAUCUAGUGGUGAUAGUGGUAGUAUUUCAAUUUCAACCACGCUUCCAAAUGCUAAUGGCGUUGUCGAUUUCGACUCCUCAAUAUUUUUGAAAAGAGCACAUGAGCUCAAAGAAGAAGGGAACAGGAGGUUCCAAAACAAGGAUUACGCGGGUGCUCUUGAACAGUAUGACAAUGCUCUUCGAUUAACUCCCAGAACCCAUCCUGACCGAGCUGUCUUCCACAGCAAUAGAGCUGCGUGCUUGAUGCAAAUCAAACCUACUGACUAUGAGACUGUUAUUUCUGAGUGUACUAUGGCCCUUCAGGUCCAGCCUCGAUUUGUGAGGGCUCUCCUUAGGAGGGCUCGUGCCUUUGAGGCGACUGGUAAGUAUGACAUGGCGAUGCAGGAUGUUCAGGUAUUGUUGGGGGCUGAACCAAACCACCAAGAUGCUUUGGAGAUUGCCCGGAGAUUGAGGACUGCAUUGGGUCCUAGACAAGAGGGUCAGCAGGACCUCCAAAGCCGCCCUUCACCUGCUGCUCUAGGGGCAUCUGCAGUUCGUGGUGCACCAAUUGGCGGUCUUGGGCCUUGUUUACCUGCCCGGCCAGUGUCCAAGAAGGCAGCAACUCAUCCUGGGGGAUUGGCAACCAGUAAUAAGCUGGAAAAGCCUCAAGUGAAUGUGGUCAGUGAAAAUGGUCCUGAGACCAAAGUCCAGUUGCCAAAACUCGGGUUGAAGCCUUCAAAACCUGCUGCAUAUCUGGCCAAGGAUAGCCAAGGAGAAGAAUGUUUAUCUUCAUCAGUGUCAUUUUCUAGUCAUGUUCCAGGAGUGGCAGUUCAAUGGAGACCAUUGAAACUUGUUUAUGAUCAUGACAUAAGACUGGGACAGAUGCCAGUGAAUUGUACUUUUAAAGUGCUAAGGGAGAUUGUGAGCAAACGUUUUCCAUCUUCAAAGUCAGUUUUGAUCAAAUAUAAAGAUAAUGAUGAUGAUUUAGUGACUAUCACAUGUACAUCUGAACUCAGAUUGGCAGAGUCCUCCGCUGACAACUCCUUGCAUAAGGCGCCUGAUAUGAAUAAAACUGAAAUAAUUGGCAUGUUAAGAUUACAUAUUGUUGAGGUGAGUCCAGAGCAGGAGCCUCCUCUGUUGGAAGAAGAGGAAGAGAAGCCUCUUGAGACUGAAGGGAGUAAGGGAGAUGAAAGUGUGUCUCAUUCAUCACUUGGUGAAUCUGUGAUGGAAAAAACUGAUGGUGAGAUUGACAAGGCAGAUAAAGAAGCUCCAAAAGAGAAAACAGAAGCUUCAGAAAAUCCAGAGAGUAGAGAAGCAGAGAUGGAUGAUUGGUUGUUUGAAUUUGCUCAGCUUUUCAGGACCCACGUUGGUAUUGACCCGGAUGCUCAUAUUGACUUACAUGAGCUUGGGAUGGAGCUGUGUUCUGAGGCGCUUGAGGAGACUGUGACAAGUGAGGAAGCUCAAAACCUCUUUGACAAGGCUGCCUUAAAGUUCCAGGAGGUGGCUGCUCUGGCUUUCUUCAACUGGGGAAACAUUCACAUGUGUGCAGCAAGGAAAAGGAUUCCCUUAGAUGAGUCUGCUGGAAAGGAGGUAGUGUCAGCACAACUUCAAGUGGCUUAUGACUGGGUGAAGGAUAAAUAUUCUUUGGCCAGAGAGAAGUAUGAGGAGGCACUUUUGAUCAAACCAGAUUUUUAUGAGGGGUUGCUAGCUCUGGGGCAGCAGCAAUUUGAAAUGGCCAAACUUCAUUGGUCAUUUGCACUUACUAAGAAAAUAGAUCUCUCUAGCUGGGACUCUACAGAAACUCUUAAACUUUUUGACAGUGCCGAGGAGAAGAUGAAAGCAGCAACUGAGAUGUGGGAGAAGCUGGAGGAACUUCGAGCAGAUGAGCUAAAAGAUCCACAUGCAAGCAAGAAGGAAGAAUUGUUGAGAAGAAGGAAGAAACAAGGAAGUGUUGAAGGUGAUUCCUCUGGCAGUGGUGUCCAUGGUGAGAUUUCACCAGAAGACGCAGCUGAACAAGCAGCAGUGAUGCGAUCACAGAUACAUCUCUUCUGGGGUAAUAUGCUUUUUGAGCGGUCCCAAGUUGAAUGCAAAUUGGGGAUGGAUGGUUGGAAGAAAAACCUUGAUACUGCAGUAGAACGAUUUAGGCUUGCUGGAGCUUCCGAGGCUGACAUUUCAAUGGUUUUGAAAAACCACUGCUCCAAUGGAGGUGCAGGGGAAGGAGACGAGAAAAAGGAUAAGAAUGCUAAUGCUAAUGCUGUUGGUGAACCAGAAGAGAGCAAGCAAGAUGAUAAAGUAUGAGGGAAGUAAUAAGUACUGAUUUUUUUGUGUGCAUGGCAGCAGUGAAGUACAUUCAUGUAGUCUCUUAAUAACAGGUAUGAAAUGGCAUAAGGAAGUGCCUUUUUCUCUGCUGAAAGGGUUGAGCUGUGGACCUUUUCUUUUUGGAAUUGAGAAUUUUGGUCCAACAAUGAACAAUGAACGAUGGUGUAUUUGGGCGAUAUGCUCAUAUUGCUUUUUAAGGCAUCCAUGUUUGCUUCACGGUGAUUUUUUUUGCUUCCCAUACUAAUGAGUUUCUGAUAAACAAUUUUAUUAUGAUCAGAAUUUGACAUAGUGAUUCUUACUGUGGUCUAAUAAUGCAAUUUUUUAUUUAGCUUAUCUC